GGAGGCGGCGGCAGCGCCGGACACGACGGGCUGAACCUCCCCCGCCGCCCCCCGGUGCCUGGGCCGGGGAUGGGGAACGUGGAGAGCGCGGACGGGGAGGCGCUGCCCCGGGGCCCGGGAACGCCGGCGGCCCCGGGGGGAGCCGGACUGUUCGCCCCGGGCAAGAUGCCGAUGCCGGAGCCCUGCGAGCUGGAGGAGCGCUUCGCCCUGGUGCUGAGCUCCAUGAACCUGCCCCCGGACAAAGCUCGGCUGCUGCGCCAGUACGACAACGAGAAGAAGUGGGACCUCAUCUGUGACCAGGAGCGGUUCCAGGUGAAGAGCCCGCCCCAUGCCUACAUCCAGAAGCUGCGCAGCUUCCUGGAGCCGGGUGUCACACGGAAGGUGAGGGGCUGGGGGCUUGGGGGGCUUGGGGGUGCCUUGGGGGGUUUGGGGGAGCCUUGGGGGCACGGCUCAGCCUUGCUCUGCCCCCAGAAGUUCAGGAGGAGGGUGCAGGAGUCCACCAAAGUGCUGCGUGAGCUGGAGAUCAGCCUGAGGACAAACCACAUUGGGUGGGUGCGGGAGUUCCUCAACGAUGAGAACAAGGGGCUGGACGUGCUGGUGAACUACCUGUCCUUUGCCCAGUGCGCCGUCAUGUUGGAUUUUGAGGGCCUGGAAGGCGGCGAGGAUGGUGCCCUGGAGAGGCUGCGCUCCUGGAGCAGGUCCAUCGAGGAUCUGCAGCACCCCAGCGCCCUGCCCGCCCCCUUCACCAGCAGCCUGGCCCGCUCUGCCCGCCAGACAGCCCUACGCUAUGGCACGCUGCCCAGCCGCAGGGCACUGAAGAACUCGCGCCUGGUGAGCCAGAAGGAUGACGUCCACCUCUGCAUCAUGUGUCUUCGGGCCAUCAUGAACUACCAGUACGGCUUCAACCUGGUCAUGUCUCACCCCCACGCUGUCAACGAGAUCGCCCUGAGCCUCAACAACAAGAACCCAAGGAUGAAGGCUCUGGUGCUGGAGCUGCUGGCGGCUGUCUGCCUGGUGAGGGGCGGCCAUGAGAUCAUCCUCGCGGCCUUCGACAACUUCAAGGAGGUGUGCAAGGAGAAACACCGCUUUGAGCGGCUGAUGGAAUACUUCCGCAACGAGGACAGCAGCAUCGACUUCAUGGUGGCCUGCAUGCAGUUCAUCAACAUUGUGGUGCACUCGGUGGAGGACAUGAACUUCCGUGUCCAUCUCCAGUACGAGUUCACCAAACUGGGGCUGGAGGAGUUCCUGCAGAAGUCGAGGCACACGGAGAGCGAGAAGCUGCAGGUGCAGAUCCAGGCGUACCUGGACAACGUCUUCGAUGUGGGGGGGCUGCUGGAGGAUGCUGAGACCAAGAACGUGGCCCUGGAGAAGGUGGAGGAGCUGGAGGAGCACCUGUCCCACCUAACAGAGAAGCUGCUGGACCUGGAGAACGAGAACAUGAUGCGGGUGGCGGAGCUGGAGAAGCAGCUGCUGCAGCGAGAGAAGGAGCUGGAGGUGGUCAAGGAGACCUACGAGCACACGAGCCACCAGGUGCACACGCUGCGCAGGAUGAUCAAGGAGAAGGACGAGGCUUUCCGGCGGCACUACGGCUCCGAGCCGCCCCCGGUCGCCAGCGCCGAGCCGCCACCUCCGCAGCCCGAGCCCUCGGAGGAGACCCUGCGACCCCCGGUCCUGCCCCCCGUGGAAGCCGCGCCCCCCCCGCCACCCCCGCCUCCCCCUCUGCCGCCCCCCGCGCCCCCGCUCCCAGGGAAAUGUCCCCCGGCCCCGCCGCUGCCCGGGGCUUCACCCUCCAUCGCCCUCACCGUGGGGCUCUCAGCCAUCCGGAUCAAGAAGCCCAUCAAGACCAAGUUCCGGCUGCCCGUGUUCAACUGGACGGCGCUGAAGCCCAGCCAGAUCAGCGGGACGGUGUUCAGCGAGCUGGACGACGAGCGCGUGCUGGAGGACCUGGACCUGGAGCGCUUCGAGGAGCUGUUCAAGACCAAGGCGCAGGGCCCGGCGCUGGACCUGGUGUGUGCCAAGAGCAAGGCGGCGCAGAAAGUGGCCACCAAGGUGACGCUGCUGGAGGCCAACCGCGCCAAGAACUUGGCCAUCACCCUGCGCAAGGCCGGGCGCAGCGCCGACGAGAUCUGCCGGGCCAUCCACACGUUUGACCUGGCGACGCUGCCGGUGGAUUUUGUGGAGUGCCUGAUGCGGUUCCUGCCCACGGAGGCGGAGGCCAAGGCGCUGCGGCAGUACGAGCGCGAGCGGAAGCCGCUGGAGGAGCUGGCGGACGAGGACCGGUUCAUGCUGCAGUUCAGCAAGGUGGAGCGGCUGCCGCAGCGCAUGGCCAUCAUGGCCUUCCUCGGCAACUUCGCCGAGAACGUCCAGAUGCUGACGCCGCAGCUCAACGCCAUCAUCGCGGCAUCGGCCUCCGUUAAGUCGUCCCAGAAGCUGAAGCACAUGUUGGAGAUCAUCUUGGCGCUGGGCAACUACAUGAACAGCAGCAAACGCGGCGCAGUCUACGGCUUCAAAUUGCAGAGCCUGGACCUGCUCCUGGACACCAAGUCGACAGACAGGAAGAUGACAUUGCUGCACUUCAUCGCGCUGACGGUGCGGGAGAAGUACCCAGAGCUGGCGACCUUCUGGCAGGAGCUGCACUUCGUGGAGAAGGCAGCAGCAGUGUCCCUGGAGAACGUGCUGCUGGAUGUGAAGGAGCUGGGCCGGGGCAUGGAGCUGCUGCGGCGGGAGUGCGGGCAGCACGAGAGCGCGGUGCUGCGCGGCUUCCUGGGCAGCAGCGAGGGGCAGCUCGAGCGGCUGCAGCGCGACGCGCGCACGGCCGAGGACGCCUACAACACCGUGGUGCGGUAUUUCGGCGAGAGCCCCAAGACCACCCCGCCGUCCGUCUUCUUCCCGGUCUUUGUCCGGUUCAUCCACUCUUACAAGGACGCGGAGCAGGAAAAUGAGACACGGAAGAAGCAGGAGGAGGUGAUGCGGGAGAAACUGCUGGCACAGGAGGCUAAAAAGCAGGAGAAGCGGAACAAGUGGCAGCAGCAGGAGCUGAUCGCGGAGCUGCGGCGGCGCCAGGCCAAGGACCACCGGCCCAUGUACGAGGGCAAGGAUGGCACCAUCGAGGACAUCAUCACAGCGCUGAAGAGCGUCCCCUUCACUGCCCGCACGGCCAAGCGGGGCUCCCGCUUCUUCUGUGACCCGUCCCACCACGACGAGUCCAGCUGUUAAGAGCCCAGCCCGGAGGUGGAUCCGCCUGUAGCCCAGCAAGGCUAAGGAGCCCGACCGGGGGGCAGGGGAGGAUUGGGGCUGUCUCAGUCCCUCCUCACCCCCCUCUGCCCCCCAAGUGCCCAGUGAGGCUCCGUCCUGCCCUGACACCACGUGGAACAGGGCCAAAACGUCCCCGUGCCACCAUUCACACGGGUGACAUCCCUGUGCCCGGGGAGACCCUGCACCCCCUGCCCACCCAAGGCAGAGGCCAAAUCCACCUGUGGUGGGACCCCAGCAUCAGGAGCUGACCCGUGGGGUGCUCCCUCCCCGUCAGGGUCCCCUUGUCCCCAGGGGGGGCUCACUGCCUCAGAGCCCCCAGCCCCGCCGCAGGGACCAGAGGGACCCCUCCACCCCGCGCUCGACACUUUGACCACUGAUGUGAACACUAAAGUGCCAAAAAAAAAGGGACCAAAGCCAGGCUGGGGGGGCACUGGGAGAGGGGCAGGAUGGUGCCCCCCACCCCAGGACCCCCCUGCCCUUCCCCCCCCACAGUGACUUUUUGUACAUGUGAAAUAUAUGGAGUCUUUUACACGGCCAGUGCCUGAUUUGGGGGGAUCGUGGUGGGGGAACAGAGGCAGCCCAGGAGUUUGGGGAGCCUCCCCAGGCUGUGGUCCUG